CAUAGGACAGUGCUGUCGAAAUAGGGCGCCCCGUCAUAUUUUACGAAAACUGUUCUUAAAUUUGUCAUGAAAUUUAUUUCUCGCCAAAGUGUUCAUAUUUCUCCUUUUAGAAAUUGUAGUUUAGAAUUAACCCACGAAAAAUAGAACAAGUUAACAUUUUAUUAAAAUAUAUUUGAAUCACUUAACAAUAUUUACAUUACGCAUGUGCGUGAGAUGGUUCUUCUUGGUUUCCCAGACAUUUUGGGCAUUUUCGGUCGAAACGUAAAGCGCCUAAAUGUCAAAAUGCGUGCCAUAAAAGUUAUAAUAAACACAGUAAAUAUUUAGUUGAUACAAUUUAGACUAUUUCAUCGUACAUUAAUAUCUUUCUGGACUGAAGUUUGUGAAUUUAACAGGAGUUUGUGUAAAAAUUUAACCUUAAAAGUGAUGGACGCAAAGUGUAAACAGAGGUGUAAAUAAGCCUUCUGUUUCGUUUUUUAAAACAUAAUUACGGAGCGAUUUUUUAUUAUUCAAUGAUGGAAGAGGAUAAACUUGCCUUCGUUCACCUGUCGACUGAAUCAAAAGUUCUAAAUGUUCCAUACGCCUUGGAUUCUUCUGCCGAGGGUCUUUGCAUCAAAAUAUGCAAACAAAUUGGAAUUGGCCCAGUAGCUAGAAACUUAUUUGCUCUCCGCCACAUAAAAAAGAAGUAUUGGUAUCCACCGGACUACAAACUUGACGGAAAAGAUGACAAAUUUGAGUUUCGUCUCAGAUUUAAACCAUCUACUUUGGAUAGAUUAAAACGAAUAGAUGUCAAUGCCUACAACUAUUUUUUUCAGCAAGUGAGACUCGACGUAUUAGAAAAUUCUGUACCAGAAAUCGUGUACGAGCAGCAUAAAUCAAAACUCAUUGGUCUCGGUGUCUGUGACAUGUACAGAGUGAUGCUCGAGAAAAAUGUAAGUCGAGAAGCCGUACAAUCCGACUAUAAAAAAUAUAUUCCAAAGGAAUGCAUUAAGAGGCAUUCAAUUUUUAUCAAGAAACCGAUUUACAAUGCUCUGGCUCAAUUAUCAGGGCACGAUGCUUCCUUUGUGAAAGGAGAGUACUUAAAACAGUUUGGAGAAAUGGCGCCAAAUUAUCCCUGCGAAGAACACAAAGCUCUUUUUCAAAAGGGUGGUGACAAUUCUUUAACGAGGGUUUUGUUGAGGGUGAAUGCAGAUAAAAUAGAUUAUCUUGAUGUGGACGACAAGUGGAUCACGCUUUGUACUAUAGAGGAUCUUUGCACCGUUUCUAUAAGCUCCAAUUUUACAGUAGAAAUAUCUAGAAGAAUCGGAAUACCGUUGUACCUAAAAUUUAAUUCAAGUGUGCUGCUGCUCUCGUUUGUUUCUGCUCUCGAUGGAUAUUACAGACUUACUGUUACCUGGACGUUUAACCUGUGCCGGGAAGUUACAACUCCGAGUUUGGCAACUCUGUUUAAAAUGAAAUGUCAUGGUCCUGUGGGGGGAGAGUUCUCAUACGCAAAGUUAAAAGCAAAACGAGCGAACCGUCCCGGUACUUAUAUUUUGCGAGAAAGCGAGACAAAAUAUAACGUUAUUUACCUCGACGUUUGUGGACCAGAUGGAAAGCCCAGAACUCACAGAAUAGACCAGAUGGGCCCCACUGACUUCAUAUUGUCAGAAACAAUUAAUAGGUUUACGUCUAUGGCUCACUUGAUAAAAUCUCAUCAAGAUCCGGACGGCCAAUUGUAUUUAGGAGAAUGUUUGCCUGCUUCCGAAAGUGAUAAAUCGCAGUUAUUGCUUUGCGCUAAAGAAAAUGUAGAGUCGGACGUGAUCGCCGACCAUGAAUUAAUCUCAGACUUGUUGAACAGAAGACCUGCAGUGAUUCUGCAUUCGGAAAUAAAUGUGUAUAAGGCUCAACCUUUCCCCAAGAGUAGAGAAGUUUCCGAUGAUGAGAUACUCGCAGGAUAUUCGCCGCCGACUACGGUUUAUAGAGCCUUGUGGCGAAUUGAAAAAGGGAAGAAGGUUGAAGUGGCUAUAAAGCUACUUAAACAAGAAGAUCUCUCUAAAGAGUUUACCAAAUUGUCGACACAUUGGGGUCAGUUGAAGUCUAAAGAAUUCGUCAGGGCCUUUGGAGUGACCUUCGAACCGAUGCAGGGAAUGAUACAAGAAUUUGUCAAUUUGGGACCUCUGGAUGCGUAUUUGCGACGCGAGGCUCAAACCGUUAAAACUGUGGAUUUGGUAGAAGCUGCCAGUAGUCUUGCCAAUGCUGUUUUCCAUCUGGCGGAAAAGGGUAUUGUCCAUGGCAAUCUCAGAUGUCGAAAGCUUCUUGUACAGGAACACACAGACAAAAGUUUUAUAAUUAAACUCGCAGAUCCAGGACUUGUUAAAUACAUCCCAAAUGACGUUCAUUGGUUGCCGUUGGAAUGUUACGCGAAUCCAGAUUUAGCGAAACGGAGUAUGGAAGCAGAUGUCUGGGCUCUAGGUACUGUUCUAUGGGAGAUUUUUUCACGUGGUGCAAUGCUACCUACGAAUCACAACGUAGACACCAUUAAAAAGUUUUACGCGAGUGGAAAGCGAUUACCGAUUCCUAAGAAUUGUUCAGCCGAAAUUUACAAAUUAAUGGUCGAGUGUUGGGAAGAAGACAAAGAUUCGAGAAAAAGGGCACAAGCGAUAGUCCGAGAUCUUCGCCAUAUUCACUUGUCAGUUUAUAGUUCAAGGAGAACUCAUGUUUAUGCUACUGCUCUUCCGAAAUUGUUUAAAAAUUCGAAUCAGACUGAUGACGAACUAUCUGAAUUGACUGAAAUUGAUUCUUCGGAUUGUGAAUCACGAGCCAGUAGUCUCUACACGGAUCGAACGAGUUUGCACUGGGAUGACACUGAUGAAAGCGGUGCAGGAUUUUUCGAUGUGCAAUUCCCAGACAUGAGUGAUUUUGGUGAAUAUCUCAAUUAUUAUAUGACAGAAUCUGGAGUGGGUGAUGCCUCCAGUCUCCACGAUUUCUCCGCAGAAAACGGAUUUCUUGGUCAAAUGCAAGGAAUUUUCGAGUUGGCGACGGAUUGUAAUGUAAUCCUACAAGGAAGAAUAGGCCAAGGAUUCUACGGAGAGGUCUACCUGGGAACUCUUGAAAGAGAAAAUUGCAAGGAUUCGGAACCGCAACGGGUGGCAGUUAAGAAACUGAAAAUGCGAGCUGUUGAGGCGGACUUGCGUGACUUCGAGAGAGAAAUAUCCAUUAUGAAGACUUUGAAGCAUCCAAAUGUGGUGGAAAUUCUAGGCGUGAUUUCCGAACCAGAUGUCUGUCUUGUAAUGGAGUUUCUCAAACACGGAUCCUUGCAAAGUUACCUUGCAAUUAAUCGCGAGGUUCUAGACCACAGAAAACUGUUAAGCUUUGCAUUAGACAUUGCCACAGGAAUGGAUUAUCUCGGCCGUAAGAGUAUUGUCCAUAGAGACUUGGCGACGAGGAAUAUCCUUGUUGCUGAUGAAAAUACUGUGAAAAUUAGCGACUUUGGUCUUGCUCAAGUUAUGGGAAAGAACGAUUAUUAUAUUCUACAAACGAAUAGGGAUCUUCCCAUCAAGUGGUAUGCUCCUGAAAGUUUGAGAGACGGUAAGUUCUCAACAAGAUCCGAUGUCUGGUCUUUUGGAGUGAUGAUGUUCGAGAUGUUCAGCUUUGGCGAGGAUCCAAAACUUCCUGGAGAGCCUGCCAAAAAGAAUAAACCGAGCGAAGAAGAAGGAAGUGCGGAACUCUGGGCUGCCUUGGAGAGAGGAACGCGACUUCCGUGUCCUCCGAACUGCCCUUCCGAAAUUUACUCGAGGUUAAUGAAUUCUUGCUGGGCAUGGGACAGUCACCAUAGACCGGAAUUUGCGUCCCUUUGCAACGAAAUUAGAGACCUGAUUGCAUACUAUUGACGCUAAUUUAGCGACCUGAGGACAUACUUAACUAUUGAUCAAUUUAUGUGCCAUACACGUUCAUUUUUUAAUUUUAUUAUUAUUUUUUUUUUGUAAAAUAGGAGCUGUUUAUUGAACAUGAGCUUUAAUUGUACAGUUUUUAAAGCGCGUAAUGUUCUUUCGGAACAAAUACCUGAUCUUCCAAGGAGUGGAAAUUGGACUAAUUGUACGAAUAUAAAGGGGAAAUGUGCAAACAGUACAACUUUGUAAGAUAGACUGUAAAUAUUUUGUAAUAUAUUUAAAAGCAAGAUGUUUUAUUGCUUCGCCGACAAAUAAAAUUUCCAUACUACGUUAAAGAACUAGGUAUUUUUAGACAUCCUCUAGGUAGAGUUUAGUUGAGACACACACUCAAACAGGCUCACACAGACUUGUCAUUGCGCAUCGCGAUUAGUCCGGAAGUUUGAUACGCGUUCACGUUCAAUGCUUCCAUUGAACGAUAUAUGAUUGAUAUACGACUGCAGACAGGAUAGGAAAGUUAACUCGGUUUUAGAUGACAAUGCUCUGAUAAAUCGUGUUUAGCGGUAUUUAUAAACGUGAAAAAAUAUACGGAAUAAAAAAUAUUUGACCAAAAAA